UUCAGAUUUCACCCACCUUCCCCUUUAGAAAUGGUGUUGGCGAGGAACCCCGAAUGCUUAAAACCCUAACCGCCUCAAUAUUUCUCUCUUCCCCCUCUUUUGAGGGAAAAACUAAAAAAAAAUAAUAAUUCAGGGAGAAAAGAGAUCAAGGUCUCGAGAUGUGCUUUUCUUGGUAACAGGUGCCGUUGGGACUGAGCUCGUACCGAUCCAAGAGCAAAGGAUUGGUUGCUUGCUUUCUUUGUUGCAUGUGUUUAUACUUCACCCUUCCUUGGAGCUAAGAAGAAAAGACAGGGAUUGACUCAUCCAUCAGACGGAAGGAGAAAGCUGCUUUCCAUCCAUCUCUGAUUUUAUUUGGUCUGUUUCAUUCUGUUUUGGUGAAGCAUGGCCCAAGAGAGCUGGAAGAAGGAGACUGAUGAGACCGAGUGCCGCACUCCUGAAGCUCCAAUCCUUUGUGCGAAUAACUGUGGCUUCUUUGGAAGUGCGGUCACCAACAAUCUCUGCUCUAAAUGCUACAGAGACUAUACCAUGAAACAGCAAGCUAUGGCUGCACCUGCUGUUCCGGUAGCAGAUAAUAUUCUUACUUUUGCUGCUGCUGCUGCUGCUGCUGCUGCUGCCACCAAAACUGCCGCAUCUUCUUCUGUAUCAGUUGAAUCUUUUGCGGAGAGUUCUGAAAAUAAGGAUGAAACCCAUGUCAUGGUCCCUAAGAGGGAGGAUGUAGAGGAUCAAAAGAACAAGCAACAAGCCAAUCGCUGCUUCAUGUGCCGGAAAAAGGUGGGGCUCACCAGGUUCAAAUGCCGUUGUGGGGGCACAUUUUGUGGGGCCCACCGCUACUCUGAGACCCACAAGUGCUCUUUCGAUUACAAGACUGCUGGUCGGGAGGCCAUAGCCAAAGAGAAUCCUGUAAUAAAAGCAGAGAAGAUUGAAAAGAUAUGAUGAAUUGGUGGCUGUAAAAACGGAAUGGUUUAGAUGAUAAGGCACGCACUCCUUAUCUUCAUUGGAUGCUGGGAGGUGAUUGUGCUUCCUAUAUAUAAAAUCUGGUAACUCCCUUGUAGAUGUGUGAAUGUUGUAUGGGGCUUUCUCAUCGUGAAUAAUUUGAGCAGAAAUUUCAGUCAAAAGUGAUGUGGUGUUGCAAAAUUGUUAAGACUAUAUAAGCUUCUGUGGACUAUGAAGAGGUUUUACUGGAUCUUUUCUUUUGUCUGUGUUUACAUCUCUAAAAUGUGAUCAGAAAACUGAACAAGUUUGUUCGUGUAUUAAUGAAGCUUUUAUGUCGGUACUCCUAUAGUUUGAA